AUGGCGACACAAUUACUACUCAGGAUGAAGGAAUCACUGUUGACCAAAAAAAAGAAGAAGACAACAUUGAAGAUACUCCUUGGGACACCGCUUAGAGGAAUGUCCUUGGAGAGGAAGCUAGUUGGGGGCUGUGCACAGGAAAAACCUUGUUGUCCUUGGAUCUGACUUUCCUGUAUAAAUCUAAGAAUUAAUUCACCACACACUAUGUCAGAGAUGAAGAAUCAGAUCACUGAUGAGGUCAUUCCCUGGAAGCAGCUUCCUAUAGAGAAUCUCACCAUGGUCACCGAAUUCCUAUUGCUAGGAUUUUCUGACCUUCAGGAAAUGCAGUUUGUUCUCUUUGCUGUCAUUCUCUGCCUCUAUCUGCUCAUCCUGAGUGGAAACAUCACAAUUAUCACCACAGUCCGCCUAGAGCACAGCCUCCAUACCCCGAUGUACUUCUUCCUGGCUGUCCUUUCUUUUUCUGAGACCUUUUAUACCUUUACCAUCCUACCGAAGAUGCUCCUCAACCUCCUAUCUGUACUCAGGACAAUAUCGUUUAUCAGUUGUGCUACCCAAAUGUUCUUCUUUCUUGGCUUUGCAAUCAACAACUCCCUCUUGUUGGGUUUGAUGGGUUAUGAUCGCUUCACUGCCAUCUGUUAUCCUCUGCGCUACCCAGUUCUCAUGAGCUGGGGGAUAUGCAAGUUGAUGGCAGCUACUUGUGCUGUGACAGGUUUUGUGAUUUCAUUAGUAAGUAUAUUUUUGGUCUUCAGCCUACCAUUCUGUAAUUCCAACAGGAUCAAUCACUACUUCUGUGAUGUGGCACCUGUCAUUCAUCUCGCUUGUGGGGACUUCUCUAUCAAUGAGAUGAUCAUAUUCAUUUUUGGCGUUGUGGUACUCAUAGUCCCCUUGACUUUAAUCUGUAUCUCCUAUGGUUUCAUUGUCAGAACUAUCUUGAAGAUCCCAUCAACUGAAGGGAAAAAGAAAGCCUUUUCUACCUGUGCCUCUCAUCUUACAGUGGUUGUGGUCCACUAUGGCUGUGCAUCUUUUGUCUACUUGAGGCCUUCAUCCAAGUACACAUUUAGUAAGGAUCGGCUGGUGACAGUGACUUACACUGUCAUAACUCCCUUACUGAAUCCUUUAGUUUACAGCCUCAGGAACAAGGAUGUUCAGAUGGCCAUUCGGAAGGUGAUAAAUUGGAGAGGACUUUCUCCUAAAAACAUAUAA